UAAUGUCUUCCACAACAUGGGAGCGUUGUAAAAUACACUAACUAAUGGAAGGUUGUGCCAUAAAUGCUGCUAUUUAAAGAUUAGGUAGUGAACUGAGAGAGAAACCAGUGUUUUGCUCGGCAGAGGGAGGGUUGGGGCUGAUGAAUAACUGUGUUGACGUUAGAUUUUCCUGUUUCACAGCUGUAUUCAUACUCAUUCAUGAAGCAGGAGUGCCACCUGCUCCGUCACAGAGGACAAGAGUGAGACUGACCAUCUUCACGGGAGAAAAGCAGCUGUAACAUGUUACCAGAAAAGCAGUUCCAGUGUAACAUCUGUCAGCAGGUGUUCACCGACCCCAUCACCACUCCCUGCGGACACAACUUCUGCCAAACCUGCAUCGAGAAUGUUUGGGACAGCAGUGAUGUCUGCCAGUGUCCCACCUGUAACAAAACCUUCAUCUCCCGUCCUGAAACAAGCAUCAACACAGCCUUCAAAGAGCUGGCGGACACAUUGAGAAACAUCAUAGUGUGUAAGUCUGCUGCCCCGCUGUGUGCAGCCAAACCAGGUGAGGUGUUGUGUGAUGUCUGCGCGGCAACCUCCAUGCAGGUGAAGGCGCUGAAAUCCUGCCUGGUGUGUCUGACGUCGUACUGUGAAACCCACCUGGAGCCUCAUCAGAGAGUGGCCACCUUGAAGAUCCACAAGCUGAUCGAUCCGGUGAAGAACCUGCAGGAGAGGAUGUGCAAGAAACACGAGAGGCUGCUGGAGAUGUUCUGCAGGGACGAACAGAAGUGUGUGUGCCAGUUCUGCACCGAGACCGAGCACAAAGGUCACCAGGCCGUCAAGAUAGAGGACGAGAGUGCGGAGAGGAAGGUCAAAAUAAAGAAUACUGAAGCAGAUUUCCAUCAGAUGAUCCAGGAGCGCAUGAGGAAAGUGGAGGAGAUCAAAAACUGUCUGAAGCUCAGCAACACGAGCACAGAAAAGGAGCUGAAGGAGAGCGACCGUCUCUUCACGUCUCUGAUUCGCUCCGUCCACGAGAGACAUACUGAAGUCAACACAGAGAUCUCAGAGAAGCAGAAAGCAGCCGAGAGGAGAGCAGAGGAGCUCGUUGGUGAUCUGAAACAGGAAGUCUCUGAACUGCAGAGGAGAAACACUGAGCUGGAGGAGCUGAGGGACUCGGAGGACCAUCUGCACGUCUUACAGAGGUCACCCUCUCUUAUGUGCUCUCCACCCACCAAAGAGUGGAUGGAGAUCGGCAUUCACCCCGAACUCUGUGUGGGUACGGUGAGGGGAGCCAUGUCUAAACUGGACAACACUCUGAGUAAAGAACUGAAUAGUCUGAAGGAACAAGAGAUGAAGAAGAUGCACAGAUAUGCAGUUGAUGUGGUUUUAGACCCAGAAACCGCCCAUCCAAACAUCGUCCUGUCAGCUGAUGGGAAGCAGGCGGGUCGGGGGGAGCUUCUGCACAUCGUCCCAGACAACCCCAAACGUUUCGACCCCGUUAUCUGCGUUGUGAGCAAGAGAGGCUACCUGUCCGGGAGGUUCUACUUCGAGGUUGCAGUUGGGCCAAAGACCUUCUGGGACCUUGGCGUGGUCAAAGAGUCGAUCAACAGGAAGGGGAUGAUCACUUCCAAACCAGAGAACGGCUAUUGGACGGUGCGUCUGAGGAACGGAGAAGAGUAUCGAGCUUUGGACUCCCCCUCGGUGCUUCUCUCCCUGAAGAGGAAGCCUCAGACGGUGGGAGUGUUCACGGAUUACGAAGAGGGAACCGUGUCGUUCUUCAACGUGGAGGCCGGGUCUCACAUCUACACCUUCACCGGGUGUAUGUUCUCCGAGAGGGUCUUCCCCUUCUUCAGCCCGGGUGUUUUUGAUGAUGGGAAGAAUACAGCGCCAUUGGUUAUCAAAGUGGUAAAUCAUGAGACUUAAUGUUGAGGCUUUGACUGCUUUCUGGUGCUUCAAGAAACCAACAGAACGGAUUGAGAAUUUAAAGUUUGGUCUAGUUUUAUUGGUAUCUGGGUUUCUACUGUACGUACACCAACAGUUUCAAUUAUGAUCGUUAUGAACCACAACCUCAAUACAAGGCAAUUUGAACCUUUAAGGCCUAAUGGGAAAUGUUUAACUGUUGCUACCGAACUAUAGACAAACUAUUUCCUAGUUGGAGAGAAGAUAGAAAAAUAAUAUUCCAAUCCAGGACAAUUGUACGCCAUGAUGCCAAAUGCCAAACCUAAACUAAUCAUCUAACUUGUGCUUAAAUAUAUAU